AUGCCGGAUUUGCUACGUCCGCUGGGAUUCUUAUUGGGAGUGUGGAAAGCUGAAAGCGGAGGUAAAGCAGUUUUCCCAACAAUGCCGACAUUUACCUUUGGAGAGCGAAUUGAGAUAUGUCUUUCUAGCGAAACCAUGCAUGGACUUCCUGCAUUAAACUACACAGCUGAAGCAUGGGAUAUGAACAAUCACGAACCUCUUCAUAGUGAGUAUGGAUAUAUUACUAUGAAACCGGGAACAAAUACUGUCGUACUAACAACAGUUAUGGAUAAUGGUUUUGUUACAAUCGAAGAGGGGCAGUUACGAGGUCGAUCCAUAGACUUCAAGUCCGUAGAUAUUGGACGAAUCAGUUUCAGCAGAGAUUUGUCAGUAGAUGGGACUGAACGUCAGUGGAGAUUGCUAAGUACCACUAUGUUUGAAAAUCGCUUUUUCAUGCAGACUUUGACUCAUCGAAUGCAAUUACAUACUUCAAUCGUUUAUAACAAAAUCUAUCCUGUAUAA